CUUCGAUCAAUUGCAUACUAAACUUAGUAUUAAACGGUAGUACUACGUAGUACAUCUAGCCGCAAGGUGUUUCCCCGGUCUGUACCGCUCGACUUAUAAUGGCUUUCGGCGAGGUUGUACACUACGUGACCCAGCCUACAGGCUGGCCUGAACCAGUCCGCGGUAUUGCUUCCUUGUUGUCGCCGUUCCACUGUCCAGACAGGUCAAGUAACGAGCAUCUUGCCAGCGCAUCGUCCUUGACGUUCCCAGAGCCACUUGUUUCCAGUGAAGCACCUGCACCGGGAUCAUACACUGCCAAAGAUUUUCAGGUCUUGAUUCACUCCACAGCUGCAGGGUCAAGAUCACUUGCUGAGCUUCCUCACUACGGUGGCGAGAGGUCUACCGUUCCCCUUUGGUCUCAGCUCCUCCAUGCAUUGGCAAACACGCUGUCCCCAGAUGUUCUAAUUCUCGAAGAUGCACCGUUCAUCAUGCCACGGGCUCAGAACGUGGCGAGUCAGCCGUCAAAUCUCAUUGACGGACAUGCGACUCUUCUUGCUGCACAUGCCAUCUUCUCGACGCAUAGAACUCAUUCAGACAGAUCUACCACCAGCUCACAAGACCCUGACUCCGAAGACAUGAAUGAAUCGAUGUAUUCCGCAGACUGUGACUCGUGCGAUGGUUCAGUUGACUCAUUUGACCUGCCCUUGCAAGCGCAUAUGCUUCCGGGCCGAGGGAGACGCAUUUCCGCUGUGGUGCCAGUCUUACUAGUCACCGACUCCCGUAAUAUCGUUCCCCUACUUUGCAGUGCUCUUUACCAGAGACACGUGUGGGGGAUCCGUCAGCCUGUGGUCGGCCUGUGCUGUUCCAGCACUGGUACGAUUGUCACGGCCAUCUUUGGAUGGCUCGACUCCGAUCAGUCAGAGGAAGGCCGCAUGCCUACAGCCCACCUCGCUUUAGCAGCAGACGUCCACCUAGAUCCAUCGAUGGGGGUGUUUGACUUCACUGACACCCGUUCUGCCAUCAGCCUCGCGCAAUUCGUUUUGGGGUUGCGGACUCAUUUUGAAGAUAUCAAGGGCGCCAUAUCGAUAGAAGCAGUCGAUUCUCUGACUCCGUUGCGCUGGAGAUCCGAUGCACCCGACUUUGAAACUCAGUUUGGGGGACAAUUGGACGAACGAGUGGCGUCCUGGACCCACCAGGUACACGUGCAGACGAGUUAUAGCGAGGCAUCAUCGUCAUCUAGUCCUCGUACACCGUCCCUGACCUUGGAUACUGCGGUUGUAUCAUAUGAAACGAUGAGCUCUCCCUUGCUUCGUACCAUCGUUGAGGAUGAGCAAGUUGAUGGCGCAGAUAUCCGGUUGCCCAAAGAGCCCCGCGCGACGAACGUGAAAGGACGAGAAAGAGGGUCGCAACCAUCGUCCUUGAAGAACUCAUUAAAGAGGACCAGUGCCUCGCCACAACCGCUAUCUGAGGUUAGGACUUUGACCUCAUCGCGUGCACCCAACCCAUAUCCACACUCGCGAUUUACCGCUUUGUCUGAUAGUUGCCUUAAGGAUGGUGUGACGAUGUCCAAUUGGCUGUUUGAACGCCAUGCGUUCACAGUCGGUCGAAUCCCAGUUAGCUCUGACGAACUGGCGAAUAAGACCGGAAUUAACGCAAUGAUCAAAAUAUACGAUCAAAUGACGGCGUUUACUUGGUCUGACGACAUUAAAACCAUACUCUCGAAUGCCGAGGUAGAUAGCUCUGUAUCAACCAUGAGAUCAGAGCUAUGCGAAAUGAAUGGCGAUCCCAACUGUCAGUCGAGAAUAAUUGAUGCUCCCUCGUCGGAGGAUGUCGAGUUUAUUUCAUGCCGGAUUUCGGUACUGUUGCACGCUGUAAAAGGUGCUCGCCGGUGUGAUGAUGUCGCAAAGUUGCACGGCGCCAACGAAGCCGAUCGGCGUCACGAAUGGGAUGCUCUGCUUCUCAACUUCUUCCAACCUGUUCUCGGCCAACGGGAUGUGUUGCUAGAGCGAGAGCUGAACUUCGCUCGUAAUCUCGUUGCCGAUGACUCAUCCUUUGCGACACGAGCCGUCGAGGUCGCUGUCGAAUACCAGAACCUCUGUUAUGAACAAUCCCAGUGUGUCCCUCUCACCGCAGAGACCUCUGGCUGUUGGAAGCAGGCUGUAGCAGCGCGGGAUCAAGGAAACCAAUUUUCUGACGAUAUUAUGUGUCGUGCCCUGAAGAGCAAUUUUCCUAAAGUGAUUGCAUAUCACUCCUCUAUGGAUCCGAUCACUGGAAAAUGUGAUACCAUCCUCGUCAUUCCAUGUUCCGGCGUCGCUAAUGUGAUGCUCCGGCGCAUAUCUAAUAUCGACGAGCAAGAAAAGCUUAUGAAAUCUUUCAUGCUAGUCCAGGGUCCAAAGCCGGAGAAGCUUAACGCGAGUACGGGGGAAGAUUCUUACCAGAUUGAAAAGACCGUCGGUCACAGCCAAAAGACCACACCCGGCAAAUCACUUCAGGUUCCCUCCUCAUCUCGUGUAUCAGAAUCCAUAAAACUCGAUCGAGCCCAGUUACACAAUCUGUUUCUUUAUCAUCCUGAUGGCAAUCAAGCGACGCAGAAAAAAGAAACAACACCUUCCCAGGAUACAUCUCGUGACGAACCUACUAGACAGGACCUACUACUGCCAGUGUUGUUGGCCGAGUACAAGAAGAGGGACGAGUCCGUAAUUUCGACAGCCAUGAACCAGAUGAAGACUUACCUGGUUUCGGCGGUUACCUUCCUUUCCGAGUUCGGCAUCACAGACCAGCCCGUCUUUGGACUGGUUGUUGAUGGAGCGCUUGGUGCAAUUACAAUGGCAUGGAAGAGAAACAAUCGAAUCUACGUGAUGGAACGCAAUGUCCGACACUAUGACAUCAGGGACCCUCUUCAGGCACUUCAGUUGGUGUCUAUUCUACCGCGCCUCGCGCGUCACGGCCUGGGCCUCCGCCGUCUACUAGAGAAGCAGCUCGCGACCAUAGAUGUGAACCAACUUCAAUCCAAACCGUGGUCCAAGUUGGCUCAACGGCAGGAAGAUGAGGCGGCUAAGCGGACAGAAUCGGAGCAAGCAGUCGCACAAGAUUGCAGGUGAGGCUGUGCAGAGAGGAAAUAGAGAUUGGA